AUUAUUUCACUAUUAAUGUACUUCUUAAUUGUAUUUCAGUUCAACAAUUUGAUAAAAUACAUAUUUUGUGAAGUGCAAAUGGCUUCAGAUACCUAUGAGGGAGGGGAUUGCCCCCUCCGCUGCUAAGCUGCAGCUUCCGCUUUCCGCCUGCCUAGCGCAGGCAGACGCUCACUUUAUAUUUCGCUCACUCUAUAUUUCGUAGCUCUAUCCUGGCGCGCCUCGGGUAUUCGUCUCCGGCAAGCGGUGCAUGCCGGGAACGGGAAGCGCCGGCUUUCCCCCAUUGGCUGAAGCCGCGCAGGCUCUUCUGAUUGGCUGGCGCGCGCCUCGUCCCCGCUCCCGGUUUUCUUUUUUGGCGGUUGCAGCCUCCAUGGCGGCGCGUGAGGAGAGGAGCCUCUGAGAGAAGCUGAAGGAAGGCGGAGGAUACCUGGUCGUGGGAAAGGAAGACACGUGUCACCCCGAGUUCGCCUCGCGGCCAUGAGCGCGCAGCAGCUCCCGCCCCCUCCCGCCUGGGAGAAAGAGCAUCUCUGGCUGUACCUCCUGGCGCUGGGCUUCGACCCGGAAAAGGCCGCCGCCGGGAGGGUCUCCUCGCAUCUCUGCCUGGGCGUGAACAUGUUUGAUAAACCGAACAAAGAUGCAUUUAGUAUUGUUGUGCACUUCCUGUUUUCCAACGUGGACCAGUCUCAUUGUACUGAGAUUUUCAGAUUUUGUUUUCCUCCAACAGAUAAAAAGACAGACUCUGAAUUCAGGAAACAUAGUUACGAAUGGCUAAGAAGAAUUUCAGAUGAAUGUGGAAACAGCUUUCCUCCAGUUGUGGCAUCUUUAUUCCUUUCUCCCGGUGGCUCUAAGUUCAUUCAUCUAAUGUACUGCUUCGCAAGAUAUGUCAUAAUGCAACAUGUUAAAGUAGAUUCUGCAGGUGCUGGCAUACCCUAUCCUGAAGCAGUGAACUCAAGACCUCCUGACCUGAACAUUGCAGUUGCAAAAUACCAUGUAGCACGAAGCAGAUUUUUACACAGUCUGCAAAAGGAAGACUUUUUGAUUCAAGAAUUGCAGAAAAAAGCACUGCAUUUUAGUAAGCGAAUUAGAGAUUUAAAAUUUGAAAAUGCAGAUCUGGACAAGCAGCUCCAAAAAAUGGAGAAAGGCAUUAAUCCAAGUCAGAACAACACUGCAGAGAGAGUUGAGAAGGCUCGCUGUUUAUGGACGCAGAUAACGGAAACACUUACACGUCUACAAAAAGAAAUAGAAGUUGUAGAUUCAGUUGUCAAAGGUCAUAUUGACCAGUACGUAUUAGAUGGCACAAGUGUCGCUAUUAGUGUUCCGAGGCCUCUACUUGAAAAAGUUGAAAAGGAUAUGCACCAAUUUCAUGUAGGGAAUGUCUAUGAAGAAGGAAAACUAAACGUUUUAACAGUCGUCCACUUACUCAACAAAGCCUUGGAAAUACUGAUGCAUGAGCGCUGGCGCAUUGACAAGAAUGCACUAAAAUUGGAUCUUCAGUACAUGGAAGGAAAGACCAAAUACCAGAAUGUUAAUUUACAGGGUCUUAAGUCACUGAGGCAAAAAUUAAAACGUGAAGAUUGUGUAUCAAUAAAGCAGUCUAUUUCUAAAAAACAGCAGGAAUGGGAUUUGAAGUGGGAGAAUUGCCUUGGCCAGUCACCUUUUCAUUUAAUUAAAAAUCCAGAUCCCGCACUUGACUUAUUACCAGCCAUGUCUCCUCUUUCUUUUUCUCCUGCUACCGAGGAAGCUUAUAAAAGCAGUGUCUUCUGCCAGUACCCUGCAUCAAUUCCAGAUUCUACCAAGAAGAAGAGUUUUCAGAAAACAGAACUUGAGCUUCCUGGCAAAACAUCAAGAUGUCAAGGUAGUUCAGCUGGGGUAAUUGCAGAGAGGAUGGCCAUGCCCUCUUCCAGUCCUGCUACAGCGUCUGAAAAUGAAACAUGGGUAUCCUCGGAAAAGGGAUCAGUUACUGAAACACCCAAGGCAGCAGAUCACUCUAGUUAUCAACUCUUAAGAUAUAAAGGAAGAAAUUCCAGACCUACGAAAACAGCAAGGAAAAAACAAGCCGAUACAUUCAAAACGCCAUCUUCCGUUAAACGGGAAGAUCCUCUGAAGAAGGCACAAGAGCAACUGGCGGAACAGAUGGCAGAUGUAGUAUUAUCUAAUUCUUCCCAAAGCACUCGAGGAGAAGGACAGGAGUUGGAGGAUCUGGUGGGCACCUUAAUGUCAGAUCCCUUCUUAACAAAGAAACAGAUUCCGCGGACCCCAGAAAAUCUGAUUGCUGAAAUUAGAAGCUCCUGGAAAAAAGCUAUCCAGGAUGAAGAAGCCUCAAGUGUGGAAAGGAAUCAUACCGAAGCAAUAAAAGAAAUACCAGAGGACCGAGUCCCUGUGUCUAGAAACCGAGUAGAUUCAAGUAUGGCAUGCUUUAUGUCUUCAUGCAUGUCCGAUACAGCAGAAUCUCCUUUUCUGGAAGGGCGUUCCCCGUUUUGUUUCCAGCAGGUGGUUACCGGUUGUAGCGAAUUGCUGACCCAUCAAGCAGCUGCUGGGCCAAUGGAUGAGAUGUUUUGGAAGGAAGGGUUAACACACACUGUUCCAGGCAAAUGUGAAACAAAAAACCCAGAACUUGGCCCCAAGACUGAACGUGCAAGUGAGCUGGAGGAUGCUCCAUGGAAUAGCAUUGCAGCAGAGACUUUGCCUCCUUGCGUGAGCCAGAAUUCUUCCAUGAGUACAACUGUUUCAUGGGAUGGUCUUCCGAUAGGAAGUGGCUCUGAUAGCCGGGAAGUUAUCCAACUGGGCAUACUUCAAGAAACCCUUCCAGAGGAAGGGGCACUCGUAAGCCUUAAUAAUAGUUGUAAAGAUUUUGAACUGGAUGAAGCAAGAGAAGACAGCAACGCUUUGCCGGACUGCGUGGCAGGAAGUGAGGGCAAACUGGAUUUGCAAUCUAUUCGAAGGCGCUUGGAAAUGUUGAAAAAGUCUGCACUCGAAAACUCGCUGCCUUCUAUAAAGCAAAUCCCAAGGUGCAGAUCUGAGUUUAGCCUCUCUCCGGCGAGCCUGGAAGCUCACAGUGUUCUUACCCCUUCGGGAAAACCAUAUGCAUCAGAUGCAGAACUUGCCAGGAAACCAUCGCACAUGACUCUUCUUGAAAGAACUAUCCUUCUCUCCCCCCUGGGUUCGCUUCCUUCAACGCCACAGAGAGAGCAUUCAGGCUCACAGGAUAGAGGAGGCAUGUAAAACAAAAAGUAGCCUGGAACUGGAUGUAAAAGAAUCUUCAUCUGCAAAGAUCUGUAAAGAUGAAAACAUUCCUUGGUUAUAUAACAAUGCACUAACUUCAGAAACUUAAACAUUUCACUUUUACCUAAAGUAUUUUUUGUAAACCUCAUGCUUUCAUUGAGAUUUUGGUGUUAAGCAAUGCAAACUCUGACUUAGUUUGUUACAUAGUCCCCAUUAUGGUGCACUUCUGUUUUUGCUGAUUAAUAGAUCAUGAAAAAUUGAGGCCAUUUUAGACUUUCACAAGCAUGGAGUGUUGGUAUUAAGAGACUGAACCAACAAAUAUUAUCUGUGGACACCUUUACAUAUCAUAACUGCAUUCCAAUCAGAUUUUGACAGAUCGUUUUGCUCUAACCCUUUUCAGCACGUGUUCUUAAUGAAUUGCUCUUGUAAAUAAUUGGCUAAGCCAGUUGGCCAUUCUUAUGUCAACUUUUCCUCCUGUGUGGAAAUCUAUAGAUGUUUAAGAAUAGUCUUCAUUACGCAGAUGUUUUUAUCUUUCUCUUCUGUGUUUUCUCUUAAUGUUUGCUGUUGCAAGAUGCUCCCCCUAAAAUAGGUUAUGUGCUGAGUAUUUAAGAACUAAUCUAAAAAAUGGAGAGCUUACUUUGUUAGAACACAUUUGCCCAGACAUAACUUGGUCAUGUAGAAAAUGAACUGAAUUCUAGUAACUAAUUAUUUGUCUUAAAACUUUCACUUGUCUUAAAAUAUUUAUUAAAAUGAAAUAAAAGUUCCACUUUUUAAAAAGCAUAAUAAACUUCUCUCAAUAAAAUAUUCUGAUUUAAGGGUUUCCCUCUGAAGAAUGAAGUAAAUUUAUUUAAGGCUAUGAAAGAGGCCCAACUUGUAUGUUAUGCCUGUUCACUUAUUUUAGGCUGGAUUCAACUAAUGGGUCCUGCCAGCGAAAGCCCAGGCAAGGCCUUCUGCUAACACCACAGGUCUUUCCAAACUUCUGCAGCCCCACCCCACCCCCAAAAUUGGUUCUGAGUGGUCCGAAAUGCUUGCGCUGGUGGAAUAGUCAUCUUAGCGCCACAUUGAAUUUCUCCCAAACCUCCCUCCAGCUUUAUGGGGGGUGUUCUGUUCAAGUGACUACUCUGGCUUCUGAGCUGGGAAUGUAUUUUUCCAGCAGCAAUUUUCUGUACUUCACGAACCAUUAUUAUUAUUAUUACUAUUAUUUUCAUUUCUAUACUGUACUGCUUUAUAUUUUUCAGAAUCUCAAAGCGGUUUGCAGCAUAUUGAACAAUAAAACAACAAUAAAACAAUCUGAAAAAGUCAAAUAGAAAACUAAAACAUUAUCUUAAAGCUUUCAAAAUAAAACAUUACAAAGGAGGUCAACUGCAGAAUACAUAUUUAACACAAAGUUAACAAAAAAAAUCUUAAGCAUUUAAAAACAACACAUUUCUAAGUGAAGUCAAAUGCACAUUUAAAACAGCACAAUUAACAAAAGAAUAAAACUAUGCACUUAGGAGCCUCUGAUCACAGAAGUAGCUUUUGCCUCUAGCAUUUAGUAAAUUUCCCUCUUGUAUGCUAUAUUGCAGCAUUUGGGUUAUGCAGGUUAGGGGAAGUGGAUCUGCCAGAAUUUUCUCAUUUCCAAGCCAAAUAGUAAAGCCUUCAAGGUGGAAUCUACACAUGUAUAGAAAAUUCUGUGAAAAUGCUUUUUAAAAAAGACGUUUUGGAAAAAUACAUUUAGUUUUGCAUAGCUCACUGUCACCAUCUAAGGUCACAUUUGUAUAUUGCACUUUACAACACAUUUAAAACGUUUGCAGCUGUGUAGCUGAAUCUCAAGUCUGACUUGCUACUUCUUCAUAUAGCAUGUUAAUGUAGAAAAGCCCCUAUAAAAGAAGCUGCCAGCAAGGGAAGAUGUCUUCUUUCAUACGUUUCAGCUGCACAGCUUGCUCCCUUGCCUCAAAAUAUUUUGUUGGGGCUUGCUACAGUACCUGAUAGGAUGACGCCAAGGAUGCUGGCCAAGUAAUUCUGAUUCAAUGUGGAGUGCCAUUUAAUUUCUGUCCCUGUACUAGAUUUAAGGAUAUUUUGUAAGCCACUGCGAUCCUCUUGGGUCUAUAAAGCAGGAUAUACAUAUUCUCCCUAAUACAAAAAGCCUUGUGGCCUGUCUCAGUAACAUUUUUAUUACAGGAAGUGUUCUAAUAUCAAACAUGUGUACAGAUCUGUUUUCAGUAUUGGUGGGCAGCGUGUGGGUUUUGCUCAACUCCACGUUCACAGGUAGUUUUUGAAAAUGUUGCAGGAAAUAUGCCCCAAAUGCCCACAGGAACAGAAACAAGAAAACAAUAGGUAUUUAAUAUUCAUGUGUUCCUGUGACUUUGGCAUUGAUACAUUAAGGUUUUCAAAGGACUGAUUCGAAGCUCCACAUGGAAGGGUUACAGUAUUGUCAAGUAAUGUUUGUAGCUGUAUUUACUACAUUGUUGUUUUCCUUUUAUAAAUAUUGAAGUGGGAGCCCUCUAUCUAGCUUGCAUCUCUAAAGCGGCCCUGCUCUUUCUGAUUUGCCCACAACUGGAGUAUCUUAGUGAUUGCCAGAUUUAAAAUUGAGCUAGCUAUAAAUUGAGCUAUGAAUUCCUCCUACGUUUUGUGGUGGGGACUGUGCUCAGGCCUGCUUUUGGCAGUUUUGCUGCUGCAAGACCCAGGUCUACCCUGGUGACUUCACAAAGGAUCUCCAAGUGACCACCCCAAGAGGAUAUUAUGAGUCUCCUGUCCUUUGCAGAGCAGGCCUGGAUUAGUAGAGGCUUGAACAGCAGCAAGUUUAGGGGGAAAGAGAAUUUGUUACUGCUCUAGGAAAGCUGACUAGCUGAGAUGCGCAGAAUACUUUCUUCCUUUGUGACCUGCUGCAGUGAGAUGCGGAAGAGCUAGCCUACAGGUUGUACCUCUGAAGAAACAGGACUGCAGCAGCCAUGGCUUCUCCAGCGGUUUCACGUCUCUGCCGACCAUGCAUUUGUGAGAUUUGCGACUGUGGGUAUGUAUAUGCCGUGUGCUGGCUUGCGCAAUCAUAGAUAAAGAUACACACCUCCAUCACCAUUCACGGUUAAGUCACUUUUGCAGAGCUGUUACGAAAAGACGAAAUUUCUCCUCGCUGUGUUGUGGUCCAUGGUCCCGUGGCCAAGGGUGUAUAUGAGUUGAUUUUCAGAGCAGCCACAUGACUUUUUUUCUCCAUUUACAGUCAUACCUUGGAAGUCGGAACAGCUCAGUUCCCGUAUGUUUUGGCUCCCGAACGCUGCAAAGCCAGAAGUGAGUGUUCUGGUUGGCUGCAGUUAAUCAGAAGCUGCGUUUUGGUUUCCAAAUGUUUUGGAAGUCGCACGGACGUCCGGAAUGGAUUCCAUUCGACUUCCAAGGUAUGACUGCAUAUCGUAACUCGCUUACUGUAUUUCUGUGUCACUCUUCCGUUGGAAACCUUGGAGUAGCUUUUGUGGGGCUCCCAGCAGCUUCUCACCUAAGUGCAGGUCAGGUAACUACUUCGCUUCAAAACUGCUGCCUUGGAUGCUUCCGGAUCACACAGUGAGCCUGGCUUUUGUAGUCUGCCAGCUGGAAUACACAUGAAAGUGGGUUGUCUGAAAGGUGCUUUGCACAAUGAAUUUAAUGAUUCCACAGUAUGUUUCAAUGUAAAUAAAGAUUAUCAUCUUACAGGCCAAGUCAGCUUUACGUUAACCCAAGCGGAAGGGCUGUUUUUAAAACGGUAUUAUAGCCACAGAGAAAUGAUGGAGAGCAAAACUCAAGGUUCAGAUCCACAGCAGGCUCUGAAUCCAGGCCUUCAGAAUUCCUGAUAUUUAUGAUACUGGAAGGUUAUAGGUUGACAUUAUUGUAAAACAAAAUCUCCCUCUCCCAUCUAAACAAAUUGUUCAUUGGGAGAAGGAAGUUCAGUUUGGGGCUCCUGGAGAAAAACCACUUGGUUGUAAUGCCCCCUCUUGUCCAGUUUCUUGUUGCAGCAAUUGAACAGUUCCAGUUGACGCAACUUGAGUACUCACAAUCACAAUUUAGUGCCAAUGCCAGUUGAGGGAGGCUCUCUCUCUUCUCCACAAGUCAAAACAAAAGAUGCAGAAUGGGGGCAUAAAUCCCAGAAAGAGGAGAAAACGGCUGGGCUGCAAGUGAAAUUCAGCUACAUUUUUGCUUUGUUUUUUAUGGCAGGAGUCUCCACUGGGUGGUAGGGCUGGGUGAUACAUUGAUAUAGCAUCGAAAACUGGGGAAGCCCAUAUCGUGAUAUCAGUUUCAUAAUUUUUGACCUGGAAAUAUAUUGUGAAUCGUGUGUGUGUGUGCUGUGCAAAAAUCCUAAUGUGAGGAAAACCGUGAAGCCAAUGCCUUUACAUAGCUCUAUCCUUAUUUCAGACAGUGUAGUAUAUCACAAUGCUUAGCUGGUGAUAUAUUGUGAUAUUGAAAACCAGGUAUUGCCCAGCCCUACUGGGUGGCUGGUAGUAUCUGGCUUGACCUAGACGUUUUGGGGGAAGUUUGCUGGUAGGGAUCUGGGUGGUCAUUCUUUGCAAUAGGUAGCUUCUUCUGCUUGGUGUGAAUUUGCAUUGCAAAACACAUCAGGUCUUGGUUGUGCCCAUUUUUGUUCCAAUGUGACUUGUCUUGGAACGUCAAAAACAUGUUUGCAUUCAUAAACUGCCUGCUUAGGACGGCUGUUGGUCAUCUAGUAGGGCUUUUCUGAACUGCAUCAGCUAUACUUUCCUGCUAUGGUAACCAUCUCUAUAUGUUUUCUGGAUGUGCAUUGGGACAGUAUGCAUAUAAACCAGUAGUGUAGCUUGAUCACUGGGAACCUCCGGUUUCGUGAUUGCAGAGGAAAACUUUUAACUGAGGUGCCCGUGGCAACUUUCUGAUAUCACUGGCUCUAAGCCCAUGUGUUUUCAUGGCUGUCCAGACAUUGGUUUCAACCUCGCAGUACUCCUUUUUUAAUUCUACACCUCUGAUGCAGUCCAGACAUCGCAAAAAGUCAGCAUACUGACAUUGGGUGACAGUUUUCUUGAGGCUCCGUGGGUCGUGACCUGGAUGCUCCUGCCUGUGUGAGAGGUUGCUUCAAUCUCUACAUCUGGAGCAAUGUGUGUGGGCUCACAGCUGGGGAACUCAAUGUGUUUGGUGGAUUUGGCACAGAGCAGAAACACACACAUCGCCCACUGUUAGUACAUCUGUGUCUCCUUUAUUUUGGGUACAUUAACACUUUUCCUAGCCUUCCACAUCUGUUGCUGUUUUUCCAUGGCACUGACAGUGGUUUCAGAUAUAUUUACAAAAGGAGUCGCGCUGGUGCUGAAUUUGGUCCGCGUUUGCCUUAAUCCCUCAUUUAUGGAUACACUGGCUGCUCAGCUGUCUCUUUCCAAAGUGUCUACAUUUCAGUGGUUAGCGCCAUGGACGCCAUGCAGAGAUGUCUGUGAGAAGCUGGUUUUUCAGCACAGCCAGCAGCAAAAUAAUGUUAUUCCACAAUUAUUUGUAUUUGCGGUGUGAAACUCUGUUUGUUUGACACAAUUCAGCACAGUGCAUCCUUUCCAGCUUGAAACAGGAUUAAGUGUUGACAGUUUCCUCCAACCCAUAAUAAGAAAAGAAUGAAAAGAUUGAGUCUAUAGAUGAAGAAGACAAUAACUCACUAGAAGAUCCAGAAGAGGGGACUUGUUUAAGAAGUAUCUUUAAAAGUUGGAAUCUAGACUUGCGUAAUAUUGUGCUGUAGUAGGGGUGUGUGUGUGUGUGUGUGUGUGUGUGUAUUGAUUUGUGCGGUGGAGCUGCCUGGUGAGCUCUCAUAUUCUUAGCAGAUUUAUCUGAAUUCUUAACAUUCCACCACACUUGUGUGAUCAAGGAUCCGAACCCAGGGUAGACCAGAGCAGGCUUGAUUCUCAAUGUCUGGGGUUAGAUGAGUCAUUAAACAGAUGUCCCCCACUGACGUCCCCACCUCUUAGGAAUGAAAAAGUAAAGGUAAAGGACCCCUGGACGGUUAAGUCCAGUCAAUGGUGACUAUGGGGUUGCGGCGCUCAUCUCGUUUUUAGACCGAGGGAGCCAGUGUUUGUCCACAGAGAGCUUUCUGGGUUGUGUGGCCAGCAGGACUAAACUGCUUCUGGCGCAACAGGACACCGUGAUGGAAACCAGAGUGUACAGACACCGUUUACCUUCCUGCUGGAGUGGUACCUAUUUAUCUACCUGCACUGGCAUGCUUUCGAACUGCUAGGUUGGCAGGAGCUGGGACAGAGCAAUGGGAACUCACCCCGUCACAGGGAUUCAAACACACACAUACACAUAAUUCCUCGUAAAAACACCAAAACCAAGGAAACUUAAAACAGCGAAAAGGCCAGCGAAACCCCCCUCCAAACAAACCCGCCUAUUAUAUGCACAAACCAUAUCUGGUAAAACAAUUUGGCAAUCAAAACCAGCAAAGGAGAACUUUGUGCAAAGACUGAAGCACCCAAGAAGCAGAGUCACUGCAGUGUGCUCUCUCCAACCCAGACAGCCUGUUCAGAAGGAUACCAUGGCUGAUGGAGCCAAAUGGAUUAAAGAAAACAGACAGUGUGCCACACACCCCUGUCUGUGUCUCAGCAGAGGUCAUCCCACAGGGCAACAAAAUCCGUUUCCGUUCCACAACCAGGCCUCAAGCCCACCUGAAGCGGAUCUAGUAAAUCGGUGUCCGCAGAGAGUCACGAGCUGAGCAACCACCCACUCGAAACACCUUGCCAAGGAAGGGAUUUUCUUUUGAAUCUGACAUACGGUUAUUACCACCUCUUCGGUCCAGACUAUGUUACUUUAGGAACAGUGCGGUCAUCGCAUCCUUUAAAGGCUCUGGAUCCAACGCCUCUUUCGAUGAGGAAUUUACAACCACCUCAACAUAACAACGUGGAACUUCUGUCUCGUCUGUCCUUUCAGAUGCCUGGUGGCUUGUUGAUGUUUCCUAGUGCAUAUAAUUAUUUGUGACCUUGCCCGUUGCAGGGCAUAGCAUAAGGGGAAUGCUGCAUCCGUCAGCAGGAAUCUAUUUAGUCUGGGCUGUGGAGCCAGGACCCUCCCUCUGCAGGGCUGGAGAAUGAUCCAACUGCCUGUGUGUCAACAGGGUGGCUAUUUAUUAUUUUGCUCCAAGCCUCCCAAAGAAUAGAGCUGUGUGUAUCUUGCUGGCUGGCUUUGUGCUUUGACCAAGAAAUUUGAACACAUGGGAAACAGUUUCUCUUCUCAAUUACUAUUUUUUUUUUUUAAUGCAUGCAACAUUCCUUCACCCUUCACGGCAAGGUGAAAAUAUGUAGACAUGGAUAAAAGUACCUAGUGUGAAAUAUUUACAUUUUAAGAGGGCACUCCGCACCUGCUGCCCUCACCUGAGUAUACAAGCUCCGGAAGCCAUUCAAAUAACUGCAGCAGGAGAAGAACAGAGCCACCUAGGUGCAUUAUUUUGAAUAUCGACUUUAAUGGAAGGCACACUUCAGCCAUUGUAUGUUUGCAACACAGGUGUGCAUCUGUUCCAACAGGUUACCGCAGAGGUGGCGAACUUGCUGCCCUCCCAAUGUUGCUGGACUCCAGCUUCCAGCAUCCCUGGCUAUCGGCUGGGCUGACUGAAGUUGUUGAACUCCCAACUCAGCAUCAGCAUCUGGGAGAAGCACAGGUUCCCCAUCCCUGAGUUACGGUGAUUUGGGCUGGAACCAAAGGUUUCCCUUUGCUGGCUGAAGGAACUUCUUCUGCCAGGAAGACUUACUUUAUCCACAGAAAGGGGACCUUUCGGAUCUGAAUGUGAGUCUUCCCAUGAGUACGGUAGCUGUUGUUGUGCACCUAAUGUUGUGCACCUAAUAUCAACAUUUAUGCUCCAGUUGGCAUCUGAUGCUUUUCUGAAUUGUAUCUAACAACGCUGGUGGGUUCUGGGCUAUGGGAUCUGAUAAUGGCAGCUAGCCGAUUGAGGUUGAAUCCUGACAAGACAAGUACAGUUUUGGGGGGUGGGGGGGCAGGUAUGGGUGACUCCCUGGUCCUGAAUGGGGUAACUGCCCUGAAGCCUCGGGCAGGGUUGCCAUACGUCCGGAAUUUCCUGGACAUACCCAGAAUACUGCAGUCAGAAGCAGUGUCCCGGCAGAAAUCGGCAAGUCUGAACGUCAGUAGUGUUGUUUUUGCCAAUUUUCCUUUUUUAAAAAGAUCAAAACCAGCAAUUUUCUUUUGCUCGAAAACUUUGGGCAAAAAACUCGACAACUUUUGUGGCAACCAUAGCCUGGGGGUCAUUUUGCACUCACAGUUGUCCAUGGAGGUGAAGAUUAAUUCUGUGUCCAGGGUGGCUGUCUACCAGCUCCACCUGGUACGCCCACAGACUUUCUCGCCAGAGUGGUGCAUGCUCUGGUUAUCUCUCACUUGGACUACUGCCAUGUGCUCUACGUGGGGCUACCUUUGGUGUGACGGUGGCAGAUUUAAUCCCUGGCAUUUCCCUUUAGGGCUGGGAGAGUCCCAGUCUGAAAUCCUGCACAGCUGCUGCCAGUCAGUGUAGGCAAUACUGGGAUAGAUGGACCAAUGCUCCUGGGUUCUCCACUCCACUAUUGGAAACAUUGCUUAGGAAAUCAGGGGAAAAAUAUUUGCCCAGUCUGGGAUGAUGCAAAGUUGGGCUUAAUGUUCCACUAUAGCCAGAGAAUUGGGGCGAAAUUUAGAGGUAGCAAAUUUUGGACAGAUUUGUUCCAAAUAUGCCUCUCUUGAGGCUCAACCUUGCUAUUUCCUCAGAUUAUUGUUGUGGCAACAGCAGGCAAGUAGCACCAAGAUGGAGCUGGGCGUUUGCAUUGGGAAUGGUUCAAGAUGAAGUCGCCAUAUUGUAGUAUCUAAUAAGCUUCUUGGGUGCCCUUUAUCCCCCACUGCUUAAAGGAGAUGGCCAGGGGAGGAGGGGAGGGCCUAGUCAGGGCCAUUGAUCCGUAGUCCUGUUCCUGCUGUAGUUGUCAGGUUCUCCUCAGCAUCUUUUUCCCUCUGAAUUCCACAGGGUGGCAACAUAGACUUUAGAAUGCCAGAAUGUGGAGGUUACUGUUAGCUGUGAGUGCUUUCGCCUCUAUUCAUUUGCCUUUGCUGCGCAUUCUUUAAACCUGAUCUAUGCUUUUGGGAAGCAUGUAGCAGAGAGAGAGAAAGAGAGGUGCUUUAGAUUUGAAAGUGCUGAUAACUGAAUGCCCACCUUCAUUCCCAACUAGGAUUAUUAUUAUUAUUAGGCAAAUACCACAAUUCUAUGAUUCUACUGUAUAUGGAAUGUGAGGUUAGGGAGAGAAUAGGUGGGGAAGUAUUAGGUCUUUACUCAGCCAAAUAAUUAGUCUCUGCAAAUGUGUUCUCCUUCCCUGCUGCUAGUUUAGAAAUACAGUGGUACCUCGUUUUUUUAGCGUCUCGAAAGCCGAAUGUUUCGGAACCCAAAUGCCGAAAACCUGGAAGUAAUUGCUUCUGUUUUCGAACAUGCCUUGGAAGUCGAACGGCUUCCACUGCGUUUUUGUCUUUUUUCUCCAUUGACUUUGCCGACCGCCCUUUGCGCCUUAGUUGUCGGACGCAGCAGUCUGCCGGAAUGGAUUACAUUUGACAACCGAGGUACCACUAUAUCUUGCCCCCAUAUGAACCUGCCUGAGAUCCUGAUAUCACCACCCUUCCCUGUGUGCCUUCUCCAAAGGAGGUCCAGAGUGUGGCAACAGGACUCCCACACUCUCUUGUGUGGUGAGCCAACCUUGUCAUCUGUUUGAUGCCAAACAAAGGCUCUUUUUGUCUCUUCAGCAUUUGAGGAAUAGCACCCAUGGUAUUGUAUUGGUUAGCCCAGGCAUCCCAAACUGGGGCCCUCCAGAUGUUUUGGCCUACAACUCCCAUGAUUCCUAGCUAACAGGACCAGUGGGCGGGGAAGAUGGGAACUGUAGUCCAAAACAUCUGGAGGGCCGAAGUUUGGGGAUGCCUGGGUUAGCCUAUUUUAAAUGGGUUCAAACGGUAUUAUUAUUGCAGUUUUUACUUGGUUGUAAGUUGCUUGUGGCUCAGGCUUCUCACCUUACACUUUGCUGCUCCCAAGCAACUUCUGUUGUGAAAGGAGCAAGCUCUCUCUGGCGAUUACUUCUCAUGUUUGCCUUCCCCAAAUAGGGCUGGGUAAUAUAUUGAUAUAUCAUCCAAAACCGCUUUGAAGUCCAUAUCGUAAAAAUUGGUUUCAUAGGUUUUGACCUGGCAAUAUAUUGCGAAUCAUUAUGUGUGUGCUAUGCAAAAAUCGCAAUGUAGGAAAAACUGUGAAGCCAGCCAGUGCCUCUACAUAGCUCCAUCCUUAUUUCGGACAUUGUGAUAUAUCGGUAUAUCGUGAUGUUUAUCUGGUGAUCUAUCGCGUUGUUAAAAACCAUAUAUUACCUAGCCCUCCCUCCAAACCACAGGGGGGGGGGCAUCUUAGCUGCACUGAGCUCUGUAGAGCGAACCCCAGAGCUUUUCAUCAGUGGGUUGAAUCCAGACUUAGCCAUAUUCAGAGGAGACUCAUUGAAAUCCGUGGGACUUAUAGCAACGAACCAUGCAGUCCUCACCCUGUCUAUGCAAACUUUAGUCCUGUUGAAUUCCACAGAGCCUACUCCCAGGUACGUUGUGUUGAUUUCAACCUCAGUCUGGAUCCAACCUAGAAGGCCAACCACAGUGGUUGGCAUUCAUAUGGAAGUUGUUGUAGUCAACUUACCACUGCUGCUUUCCCACUGGAUGAGCUAUGGAGGCACAGCUGUUGCUGGGAUUGAAGUAUUGUCCCUUCAGUAGCAAGAGUGCUAAUACCCCAGCAUUCCUUGUGUGCAGCAAGAGGUUGCUUUCAUCAUCAAUCAUGCUUGUUGGCUCAGAAUGCUUUGUGGAGAAUUUCCCAGCAUGCUUCACAAUAAGGAUAACUUAUUACCAAGGCAAUGGCCCACAGCAUGCUGGGACACAUUUUAUGAUGUGCAUGAAUGCGCUGGCUAGGAGAGGAAAUGAUUCUGAUGGAAUACCACCAGUGGCAGGCUAAAAGCAUGGCUCUCAUAAAAUAACAAAAAUAAGAUAACAAAAGACAGUCAAACCUCGGUUGUUGAACUUAAUUUGUUUCGGAAGCCCGUUCUGCUUCCGAAAUGUUCGACAACCGAGGCGCAGCUUUCGAUUGGCUGCCGGAGCUUCCUGAACUCAAGCGGAAGCUCUUUGGACAUUCGGCUUCUGAAAAAUGUUUGAAAACCGGAACACUUACUUCCAGGUUUUCGGCGUUCGGGAGCCAAAGCGUACAGUAGUAAUGGAUAUGUUUGGGAGCCAAGGUUUGACUGUAUAACCUAGCCUUUUCUUCUAGCAAGUAGUGUUGCACACAAUGAAGUGAGAUUGGUUCGGCCUAAAUGAAAAAGCCACGUCCACAUAUUUUUAUUGAUCAUGCCCUGUCUCUCAGCCCUCGUUUUCUUUCUCUUGGUUGCGUAGCAGAGUUGGAAGUUGUGAAUGAAACACGACAUCUUGAGAAUUUCCUCUUCUGUUUUGCUUGCACCAUCAUAUCAUUUGAGAUCCACAUGAGCUCAGAUAAAAAAAAUAAAAAUACUGUAGAGAGAAAUAACUAAAUAACUCCUAAUGCAGCAAACGCCAGGAAGAAACUCUGUGAAUCUGAUCCAGAACUCCAAACGAUCAGAUGAUUUGAAGAGGUCCCAUUGUAAAAUCUGCCCCAUCCCUAAUCCUCUUAAGUCUGGGUGUAUAUCUCUUUCCUCAUCAGCUUCAGUGAAUGGCAGCUUUUUGUGGGCAGGGGGCUUGUAAGAUAAGUCUUGCCUUCUGCUAGCUGAGAACCAACGGCUGACUUUUGGAUUAGGAAAGCUGUCUUAGGCCUCAGAAAUUUUCUCUGAUCUCUGACAUCCUUCCUUCAGGAAGCCUCUUUCUUAGAUUGGGUUUCACCAAAGGAGGAAAUAUUAUGUUCUACCCAUUUAAUUGGCAUUUAGGAUCUUAAUUGCCACACCUGUUUGCAUUUAACUGCCUUUUGCUUGCAGGAUACCCAGUUGGGAAGGAAAACCCUCCUACUUCUCAUCUGAAGAUGUGCUGGGGUAGCUUUUCCUAUAUUAUCACUUCUUGGGCAUCCUAUUUUUCUGUUAAUAGACUGCAAUAUGUGCUAGGUAGGCCACAAACCAUUCUUUAUCUGGUGCUGCUAUGGUCCCAGGUUGCCAUCUUGUGUGCUGCUGUACUUUUUUUUUUUUACAUUUAUAAACGUGCAAUUAAUUUGGAAAAUAGAUUCCAAACACUCCCAUCCAAAUUUUGGACUUUUUACUGGCAAACCUCUGGAUGCUGCUGAAAGUUUUGCUUUCUGUAUGUUUUACAGUUCAGUGUUCAAUUGGAUCUGGACUAUUGCUAAAAGGGGAGUUAAUCCUUCCUCCAUGUCAUUUUCCUUUAAAAAAAUAAUAAUUCAAUUUUAUUAAGGGUUUUCAACCUAAUAUACCAUAAAACUCCAACUAAACUAAAAAGAAAAUAGAAAACAAUAUAUCAACCAGAAAGGAAACUAAAGAGAUAAAACAAAAUAAAAAAAUUCCUUCAGUAGCACCUUAAAGACCAACUAAGUUUAUAUUUUGGUAUGAGCUUUCGUGUGCAUGCACACGUCUUCAGAUACACUAAAGAGAUAAAACAUUAAGAAUCCUCAUAUGAUCCUCAUAAUACACAAAAUUAUAAAUAUAUCUAUGUUGCCUUCAGACACCUUUAUAUCUUGAUCAGAGAGAGAGAGAGAGAGAGAGAGAGAGAGAUGCUUCCAUUUCCCUAUCUGCCAGUUGUGUAUAUAACCAUUAUUCUUCAAAGUAUUUAACAUAUCCUGGUGUCGUUUCCCCCCCCCCUUCUGCCAUUUUCCUGGUGCAAAUUAAGAAAAAACACCUUGGGGCAAAUAGCAGCUUCAGGAAGAUUUACAGUAAGAAAACUGGGGAGGCUUAAUCGCUUCGCCAGAGGCCCAGGUAUAAUUCUCCACCCUGCCUUUAAAGGAACCAGAGGUCCAAUCGUGGACUUGCAAGGUUGCAACUCAUCUAGCCGUUUGGUGCACCGACCUGGUGUCUUUCACAUGCACCAUUGUUCCAAAACCAGGAAGGAGGACAAAGUCAUUGACUUGAAAAAGCAGUUAGUUCUGCUUUGCAGGGCUGCCCCGAGCGUGUUUGGGAUUACAGCCUUCAAAAGACAAAGGGAAGUUUUUAAGCGAAUGCCAUGACAGGCCGUCUGCCUUGAGAAAUGUAAUGAUCUCAUGGCGGACCCUUUGCUGACCCUGCGAGCUGACAGUAAAGAAGCUGACCUUGUAAUGACUCUGCCUCGCUGCAGCUUAUAAAGAGGAGACAUUCACGAGAGUCUUUAACAACAUGCUCCAAUGUCUGUCCUCUUCUCAGACUAUUGACCUCAUUUGGAAUUAAUAAAAUGCUCCCAGUGGCUGAUAAAUCACAGCUGACUCUUAUCGCAGCAGCCAGAGCCAGUUCAGAGCACAGAUCUGUGCAUUUUUUUAAACUUUGGUUUUGCUUCCCUAAAAAAUAACCAUUAAACUGUACGUGUAUAUAUACCCGCACAAGAGAACACCAAAGUUUUAUUUUGCAAAACAGUGUAGCUCCAGGGUUGCGCUCAGUUUUGACUUCCUAUUUGCUCAAGAGCUUUUGACCCAACAGAUGCAGCUGCUAACAUAAGAGAAAGGGGCAAGAUGUUCAUCGGUUCCCUCUUUGGCCCCUUGAACCCCUGAAAAAUAUGACUAUUCACCUUGGAAGGCUGCAUAGCUUCCCCUCUGAACAUUUAGAGGGAUGGUCCAGAGGAAUUUCUCUGGAGGAGCCCUGAGGGCUCUGGACAUCCUGGGGCGGAAACUCUGGCGUAUAAAGUAUUGCAGCACAGUCUAUAGAGUCGCCAUAGCUAUAAAUCAAUAGCAAAGUGGUUGGAGGAACAAAAGGAAUUGGGGAGGACAGAAUGCACUGCUCUUUUUGCGGACAAAGAUCAUGUUUUAUCUAGCUGGUUUUCUAAUUGUGGUUUUUGUGGAAUGAGCUGAAUCCCACAUGACUUGACUGACAGCAUGGCUUAACAGGCACCCCCAAACUUCGGCCCUCCAGAUGUUUUGGACUACAAUCUCCACUGGUCCUGUUAGCUAGGGAUCAUGGGAGUUGUAGGCCAAAACAUCUGGAGGGCCGCAGUUUGGGGGUGCCUGGCUUAGUCUAAUGAAAGUCAAUGGAGAAUUUUCAGAUAGCAGGGGACUGUCAACUCUGUUGUUAAAGUGUUGAGACUAUGAACGGACAGGAGCCUGUCUUUUCUGUGACAUUAUUUGCUGUUAUUAAUAAUAAGAGUAAACUUUUAAAAAACCAUAUUGUAAAAGAUAUUCAAUGUAUAUAGGCUAUUGAAAUGAACAAUGCUCUUGGUUUUAAAACUAUUUUGAGUGGUGUCUCACAUUUUAUCAUACUGUUGUAUGGACAGAUGAUGGCCUUUGGCUAAGCAAUAAAGAUCUGGAUUUCGCUUUUUGUCCACUCCCCACCCACUUCUAAAGCUGCCUGUCCGGAUUGUAAUGUUAAGUGGUUAUUCUGAUGGAUGAAAUAAUAAUAAUAAUAAUAAUAAUAAUAAUAAUAAUAAAUGUUUGAGCUGCUGCUUUUCUAUUGAUUUUAUUUAAAUGAAUCUGUUAUUGUCAGUCAGCCUAAUUACAUACCCUGUUUUACAUGUCAGCGUGGGACAGGCCGUUACAGAGCCAAUGCACAUAGCAUAUACAGCAAUGGCUCCAGAGCCUUUGGUUGCGUACACACCAUGCAUUUAAAGAACCUGACUCUCUUCCUCAAAUAAUCUUGGGGACUGUAGUUUACCCAUCGCAGCACUGCAAUUCCCAGCAGCCUUAACAGGUUACAAUCCCCGGGAUUCUUUGGGUUAAAACAUGGGUAGGCAAACUAAGGCCUGGGGGUCGGAUCUGGCCCAAUCGCCUUCUAAAUCCGGCCCGUGGAUGUUCCGGGAAUCAGUGUGUUUUUACAUGAGUAGAAUGUGUCCUUUUAUUUAAAAUGCAUCUCUGGGUUAUUUGUGGGGCAUAGGAAUUUGUCCAUUAUCCCCCCCCCAAAAAAAUAUAGACUGGCUCCCCAUAAGGUCUAUGGGACAGUGGACCGGCCCCCCGCUGAAAAAGUUUGCUGACCCCUGGGUUCAAAUUUGCUUUAAGUGUAUGGUAUAUAUGCAGGCUUGGCCAAUACGUCACGGUGUAGGGUGGGGCAAUAAUGCUCAGAUAAUGAUCCUCAGUGUAAAAAGAGGUAUUUGGCACAUGUUUAAGAGUGGCUUUUCUUUUCACCAAUGAAUUGUGUCUGUGUGUGUGUUGUACUGGUUGCAUGUGCAAAAUGCCAGCUUUCAUGGCCAACUUGCGUUUAUUGGUGCAUGCAACUGCUGGUCUAUGUUUUAGCGUUCGGGAAGUCUUCGUGGAAUCAGGUUUAUCAUCCAGAGCGCUAUGUUACAACCAUGGCAUUCGGAAAAUGCUUCUGAGCUCUGCAGGAGUUCCAGCUAACCCUAUAGAGGUUUUGGAUUAAAGUCAUAAGCGUAGAGACUUCAAACUUUUGCUUUCCCCAAAGGAGGAGUUGCUUUUCACUGCACCUUUAAGUUUUAUUUCAAAACCACUCACUGUCUAAAAGCAACGGGCUGUCAUUUCCAUAUGCCUUUAUCUGCAAUGUGUUUUCAUUUUCUUAAUACUAUUACCACAUCUAAUAUUCCUGUGUGAUACAUUGUGAUGUGUUGCACAUGUAUGCUUUUGCUUCCUUACAUUAUCUCUGUUAAGCUAUCCUGCAUACCCAUGUAUAUAUAUAUAUAUAUCUUAUAAAAAUAAUCCUAUAAUGUUGAGAUAUUGCAGGCACUCGGAAUUUGUAGUGUCCGGAAACAAUUGAAGAUGUUCUUGUUUCGACAAGCUUUUCCAGCUGGAUGAAGAAUUGUUAGGUCUCUCUGCUUUGGGUGUUUCCCUUUCUUGCUUCUAGUUGUUUUAUUGUACGGUUGUAAACUGCCUUGAAAUUUAUAUGCAAGGAUAUUCAAAAAAUAAGAAGAAUGUAGACUGUUGUUUGCAUGCCCAGGCGCAGUCCCCCCCUUACCCCCGGAGCCAGACCUCAAGGGCAAAGGAGUAGACCCAACAACAUAUUUUGGGAUUAAAAUGGCCCCAACUUUAUUAAAUUUCAGGUGUAGGAAACCUUGGCAUAGGCAUUGGACGUGUAUCCCUCUCAGCCCCCAGUUGGUCUGAGGCAUGGCAGGGUCAAAUAAGAAUAUGGGACCACUGCAAAAUGUGUGUUUACGCAGCUGGUCCCCCUCCUGUGAUGCUGGGGGGGGGAGUUCUAUGGCCCAUUUGCCAUGCACUUGUGGACAGAGACUCCCCUCAAGACCCCUCUAACGGGGUACUCUGCUAUUGCCGCCGGCACGGAAGGGAUGAGUCACCACUUCACCCCCUUCUGCAGUUGUUAGACUAAAGCAGGGGUCGGCAAGGUUUACCUUGCCUGGGCUGGUUCACUCCAGCAUAGAUCCCACAAUUUCCUGCGUCUGCGCAGAUCUGAUUUCCGGCGCCGCAGGAGCAAGU